AUGGUCUCGUCACUUAUCGAGCAUGAGCAAAUUCAAACCACUGUCGCAAAAGCCAAAGAGGCUGCUAGAUUGGCAGAAAAGAUUAAUGCCGAAGUUAUUCGAGACAUUAGCAGUGCGGUAUAG